AUGGACGCACGUGCUGCAGCUAGCUGCGAAGCUACUUCCAAAAGGAAGAAGGUACCCUUCGGAAGGCCUUGUACCCCCCCAUGGAAGGGCAAUUAUAUCGACUACGCGAAGCUGAAGUCCUUGCUACGAGAGCAUGAUGUCAAUGACGAGCGUGACGAUGGCAGUGACUCCGACACCAGUCUUUGGACCGAGCAAGAUGAGGAGGCUUUCGUCCAGGAACUGAUCAACGUGCAGCUAGACAAGGUCAAUGCCUUCCAAUCGCAGACCUCGCAGCAACUCCGAGAGCGCACCUCCGCCUGUGAGGCCAAGCUGCGACCGUUGGCCCCGGCUGCCGAUCAGGAAUCCCCCAGCGAUGGUCCCGAGAAACGCAGAAUCGCCUCCGAGGCCCUCCAGGAGCUCGACAGCAUUACAAAGGAGGUCAGCGAAUUGGAAAAAUACAGCCGUAUCAACUUUACCGGCUUCCUCAAGGCGGCCAAGAAGCAUGACCGCAAGCGCGGCGCUCGAUACCGCGUCAAGCCCCUGCUGCAAGUGCGCCUAUCUCAAUUGCCCUUCAAUUCCGAGGACUACUCGCCAUUGGUCCACCGCCUGUCCGUGAUGUACUCUUUUGUGCGUGAAACCCUGAGCCAGGAUGUCGUCCAGUCAAAGGAGCCGGAACGCGGCUUUGGUCGAGAUGUCUAUUCGUCCUACAAGUUCUGGGUGCACGCCGACAACGUCCUCGAGACCAAGACCCACAUCCUGCGCCGCCUUCCAGUCCUCAUUUAUAACCCCGGCACCUCCAAGGACGUGCAUAGCCUGCCAGAUGACCCCACGAUCACCUCUCUUUACUUCGACAACCCCCAGUUCGAUCUGUACAACCAAAAGGUUGCCCGUGCUUCGGAGGCUGGAUCUCUACGCCUGCGCUGGACUGGUCAGCUGCGAGAUAAGCCACCCAUCUUCCUCGAGAAGAAGAUCGUCGCCGAAGAUGAUAGCAGCCGGGAGGUCAAGGUGCAGCUCAAGGAAAAGCACAUCAAGGAGUUCUUGGACGGCGAGUAUCACCUGGAUAAGAAGGUACACCGCAUGGAAGAUAUGAACAAUGGCGAGUCGGCCGAGGCCGAGUCUCUCAAACAGAAUGUGGAGGAAUUGCAGUCCUUCAUCAAGGAGCACAACCUUCAGCCUAUGCUCCGGGCCAACUACACCCGCACCGCGUUCCAGAUUCCAGGUGAUAACCGCAUUCGCAUUUCUCUCGACACCAAUCUCGCCUUGAUCCGGGAAGAUUCUCUAGAUCAAGAGCGUUCUUGCCGAGACCCCGCCGAAUGGCACCGAACCGAUCUGGACGAUGCUGCCGCUUCUUACCCUUUCAGCGCCGUGAGAGCCGGCGAAAUUGUCCGUUUCCCUCACGCUCUUUUGGAGAUCAAGCUGCGUGGUAAAGCCCAUGACUCCGAAUGGAUCAAUGAUCUCAUGUCCUCCCACCUUCUCAAAGAAGCACCUCGCUUCUCCAAGUUCGUCCACGGUGUCGCCCAGUUAUUCGAAGACAACGUCAACAGUUUCCCCUUCUGGCUUGGCGAAUUGGAAAAUGAUAUUCGUCGUGACCCGGAAACCGCUUUCCACGAGGAACAAGAACGACUGGCCAAGCGAGCAGAGGAAGAUAUGGCGGUCGGUAGUUUCCGCGUUAGUGUCAGUAGCCCAGGCACACAUAUGCUCUCGGGAUCUCCCUCCCACCGAUGGACGGAGCCAUCUCGCCGUCGACCCUCUGGAAUGAGCGAGGGUGUGCCUCCAACUAAGCCCCGCAUCUCCGCCGUUGCACCCGAAUAUCGCGAACAAACAGAGCAACCUGCUGCCGAGCCGUCCGAGGAUACCCCGAUACCCGCCUACAAUUUCUCUUCACUCCUACAGUCUUUGACCCACAAGUUCCAGAACUGGACAGGACAGCAGGAUGAGGUCUUGCCGCCCGGCGUCCGUCAUCCGGGCGUCUGGAUCAAAGACGCGGGACCCGUCCGCGUGGAAAGUAAAGUGUGGCUCGCCAACCAGCGAACAUUCAUCAAGUGGCUCCACGUCAGUAUCCUGCUCUCGACCUUGUCUCUGGGUCUGUACAACGCUGCUGGAAAGCACAACCGCAUUGCACAGGCUUUGGCCAUCGUCUACACAUUCUUCGCCAUCUUUGCCGCCGUUUGGGGCUGGUAUAUGUAUGAGAAGCGCGCUCGACUCAUCCGCCAACGCAGCGGAAAAGACCUGGACAACAUGUUCGGACCUCUCGUCGUGUGUGUUGGUCUGGCGAUUGCCCUGGUCCUGAACUUUGCCUUCAAGGUAUGUACCAGCUCGACUCAGCUUCCCCUCCUCUUUUCCCGUCUCAAUUCUAACACUUCAUAG